AUGCUAGUCAAUACGUUAGCAUGGCUGUUAGUAAUUCUAAGAAUUUCCUACUCACAACCAUCAUCUCGUGAAUCAUUUGCUGAUGGAUUCUUUUCAAAAGAUGGACCGGAUGCAACUGUAAAACGUAAGAACAUUUUGUUCAUUAUGGCAGACGAUUUAGGCUUUAACGAUCUUGAUUGGAAAGACGAAAAGUUGUUCACUCCCAAUUUACGCGAAUUGUUGAAUCAUGAAAGCAGCGUCGAAAUGACCAAUUCAUAUGUGAACCAGUUGUGUACUCCAACACGAAGUGCUUUCAUGACUGGAUAUUAUCCAUUUCGGAUGGGUACACAGAGCGGAGUUUUUUUGCACAUGGAACCUGCUGGUGUUCCUUUGAUUUUCCCAUUUGUACCCGAAAAUUUAAAGUCAUUAGGAUAUAAAACAUACAUUGUUGGAAAAUGGCAUCUUGGUUAUUGUCGUAAAGAAUUUCUUCCAACAAGUCGUGGAUUUGAUUAUUUUUAUGGCUUUUAUGGCCCACAAACAGGAUAUUUCAAUCAUAGCGCAGAUCAGUAUCAUCGUGAUAUUAAUAGAGUUGUUAGAGGAUUAGAUUUGUUUGAAGAAAAAACUGAAGGAAGCAGCUAUCCGGAUUACAGUCGAAAUGGUAUCUAUUCUACCGAUUUGUUUGCUGAUGCAACAAUAGGGACCUUAGCUAAUCAUGAUGCAUCUCAACCAUUCUUUAUGUUUCUUUCAUUUCAAGCUGUUCAUCCACCUUUACAAGUUCCUCAUUCUUACAUGCAAUUCUGUAAGGGAAUAAAGAAUCGUCUAAGACGGAUUUAUUGUGGGAUGUUAGCAGCAAUGGAUGAAUCUAUUGGAAAAGUCAUUGAAUUCUUGAAAGAGCGUGAACUAUAUGAGGAUACUGUAAUUGUCUUUACGAGUGAUAAUGGUGGGACACCUCAAUUUGGAGCAUCUAAUGAACCACUCAGGGGUGAGAAAGAUACAUUGUGGGAAGGAGGGACGAAAACGACUACUAUCAUUCAUGCUCCUAAUAUGAUUAGACAGAAUGGCAAAAGAGCACAGUUGUUCCAUGUUGUUGAUUGGCAUGCUACCCUACUUGCUGUGGCCGGAUUAAGUCUAGACUCUUACGGCGAUGGUAUUAACCAAUGGGAUUAUAUAGUUUCUGGUGUUCCUAAAAUUAGAAGAUUUCAAUUCGUUUAUAAUAUAGAUGAUUAUGGGUCAGCUAUUAGGGAUGGAGAUUAUAAACUAUUAUUAGGUAGUCCAGAUAGAAAAAUAAGAACUGACCCCACAAAAGUUCGUCUAUACAACAUUAAAGUUGAUCCCAUGGAGUCCAAUGACCUUUCAAAACAAAAUCCUCAGCUGGUUGGAAGAUUGCUUACUAAAAUUAAAAGUUUAAAGAAGUAUAUGAGAAAGAAUGUAAGACGUCCUUUGAGCUUGAAAGGUAAUCCAGAAUCAUUAAAUGGAAGUUAUUCAAGUUACUGGUGUGUAGAAGAUAACAAACAUACUUAA